AGCAACUUCAAAGGAGCCACGUGACACCAGUUUUACUCCGAGGGAGUCCACGCUUCUUCAUUGAAACCAAAAUAAGGGUCGUGGCACAGAAAAGACUAGUCAAUAGUAACUGUGAAUUUUAAUGUAACAAUUUAUUUUUGUAUUUAAAAGUUACCGAAACAAUAAUAAUUAGAAAUAAAAUGAGAGGCUUGCAUCUGAUGUCGCUGACAGCCCUCCUCUUUGCGACAGCUACUGGCUCACAACAAGACGUAAUUGACGAUAUUCUUGGAAGGUUGGGCAAGGCGACAUUUUUCUUUGAAAAUCAGCUCGAACAAAUAAACCUGGAUGGAGUAGUUGGGUACAUAAUUCUGCAAGCUGAACUGAAGGAGUCUAUCCGGAUAUGGCCGCAAGCAGACCUUGUGAGUCAGCGCUCAAUAGCUGCGAACCUGGCCAAGAGACUUGACCGCAGCACCGCCCAGGCUGUAGAUGCACUACAGAAGACUGAUCCAAAGUACUUCAGAGAAUUUGAACCUGUUCUGGAUGCAUCCUUCUGGACUGUUCCCCACGAAUGGGACACUUCGGAUCCAGCGCUGGCCUACACAGCCUUCAGGAUGAUGGAGUGUUAUGAUGAGCAACUUAGCGAUAAGUGCAUCACUCUGCUCUUGGGAACCUGGAAAGAUAAUGGAACUCCCUGCAUUGUUACAAAGGCCUGCAGGGACACAAUGACGAGGUUUGGCUGUCCUCAUUACUCCCUCUCUCACCAGCUGCUAUAUUUCAUGGUUGGGAAAAUGAGAGGAUGCUCCAACAUCCUACAAGGAGACAGGAGGGAGUCUCGAGCCAAUAUGACAGACAGAGACUACCAGAAGCUGUUUUGCUCGAAUAUGAUGAAGAGCAACACAGAGUUUGUAAGAAAUGGCUUCCCUGGUCAAACAAGGGAUAUCUUCAUAGAGAACAUAAUGUUGUGUGGCUUGACUGGCUUCUCUGACUUUUUCAAAUCGGACUGGUUACGGCAUAUUUUGUCAUGGCAAGACCCAGAAGUGGGCUGUUUUGGGAAAGAUGAGAAGGACAUCGCACAAGUGUUUGGUGAGGAGCAGGUGGAAAACAAACAGGUUCACAAAAGAGUGAGGAGAAGAGAAAAAACUUUAAAUGAUGGGUGCUCCAGUCAUAUGACAGGGGUUGCAGUCAGUGCUCUGGGCGGAUUCCUGAACUACUACCUGACAGAACAGGACAUUACAAAGAGACCGCUGACCUGAGUGCCAGAACACAGCGCAAUGAGAGUCUUUUUUUUUUUUUACAUAGAAAAUCAAGCUAUUGGCUUCACUGUUUUGCAUUUUACGACAGUUAAAUGCAUAAGUAUUGGAUGGGGGCACAACUUUAGUUGUUUUGCCUCUGUACUCCAGCACAUUGGAUUUAAAAUAAAACAAUAUAUAAUAAAAUAUGAGGUUAAAGUGUAGACUGUCUUCUUUUUGAGGGCAUUUAUGUCUAUAUUAGGUGAUCCAUGUAGGCAUUACGGCCCUUUUGUACAUUAAUUUGGCCCAUUUUAUGGGAAUAAUCAGACAAAUUAUCACAAUCUGAAAUAAAGUCAUAUUUAGUAUUUCCACAGUGAAAUAGUCCGUAUUAAAUCAACUCUGUGAGGCUACUUACUGUUAGGUUAUACGUGUGAGUGCAAAUCAUGUGCAUUCAAUGACUAUCUGAAGUCUGCAAACCACAGACAUCACUAUAUGCCAUCUUCAGUUUCUGUUUCUGGGGCAUUUUGCCUUCAGUCUUGUCUUUAGCAAGUGAAACACAUGUUCAGUUGUUCAGGACAGAUGAUUGACUUGGCCAGUCAAGAACAUUCCAGUUUUUGGCCCUGAAAAACUCCUUGGUUGCUUUAGCAGUAUGUUUGGAGUCAUGAUUUUUGAGGUAUUUGAUUGGAUCUGAGCUGAUAAGAUGUUUCUGUGCAUUUCAGAAUAUAUCCCGCUGCUGUGUUAUGCCCAAGCCAGAGCACUAACCAUCUGCUUUGGAUCAUUAGCCAACCAUUCCUUUCUUUAUCCACAUUUUCCUCUUUCCAUCACUUUGGAACCGGUUAAUACUUGUCUCAUCUGUUCAUAAGAUUACUUAAUUCUAGAACUCUCCAGUAUGUACUUCUUAGCAAACUCUGACCAGGUCAUUCUGUUCUCGAGGCUUAUCAGUGGUUUGCAUCUUGCGGUGUACCCUCUGAGGUUAUGCUGGUGUAGUCUUCUCUUUAUGUUUGUGUUUACAGUACAAAUCUAUGCCUACAACAGUGUUCUAAAUCAGGUGACCGUUGGACAGUUGAAAAGGGUUUUUCUUCAGUAUUCUUUGGUCAUUCACUAUAGUGGUCUUCUGUUGUCUACCAGGAUCGUUUGCUGUUGCUGAGCUGAGCGGUGCAUGUCUGCUUUGUAACAAUGUAUCAUACAGUUUAUUUUCACACCCUUAGUGCUUUGGCUAUGUCUCUGAUCUGUUUAUGCAGAUUUUCAGCCUCAUGAUGGCCUGCCUUACUGGCAUUGACACUUAUUUGAUCCUCAUGUUGAGAGACAACAGCAACAGACUCCAAAUGCAAAUUCCACACCAAGAAUCAACUGUAUACCUUUGGUUAGCUUUCUUGUGCAUGAGCUAAUGAUGCAAAGACACACAGCUGGCCAAGACACAAUUGUCCAAUUACUUUUUCUCCCCUUAAUUAGGGGCCUAUGUAUAAAAAGGGCGGUAAUUCCUACAUAGAUCAACUGAUAUGGAUAUGAAUACCCUCAAAUUGCUAUAAAGCUGGCAGUCUGCACUUUACCCUAACAUUCAUUGUU